ACUCACUUCAUCCUCUCCUCCAAUCAGCCACUCCCUUGUGGACUAGAGCCCUGUCUCUUUACGUCUGUUGACCAUGGCAGCGACGGGCAGCAGCGCAAAGCCUGGCAAGAAUGCUGGCGAGGGCACAGGUCGUGGAAGACGCAAUCUGCAAUACAGAGGACUCUUCGCCAAGGAUCUGCCUAUGAUGAUGUACGGCUUCGGUGAUGCCCGCAACCCCAAUCAGCAGUCCAUCGAGGUCAUGGAGUCUCUCACCGUCGCCUUUCUCACGGACCUCUGCCAUCGCUGUCGUCCCUCUUCCACCUCUCUCCCAACAAGUCGUCACUACCCCUAUGCUCAGCGAGCCAAGGUCAAGAUGGACGAUCUGAGAUUUGCUCUGCGGAAAGACGAAAAGAAAUUGGCAAGAUUGGAGGAGCUCAUCUACCUCGAGGGAGUCAUCAGUGGCGCCAAGAAGCUGCUCAGCAACGAUGUCGUUGACGACGUAGCCCGACAGGUCGAGGCAGAGGAGAAGGGAGAGAAGGAGAGGGCAGCUGCCGCCAGGGACGGGGGAGAAGCGAAUGCAAUGGAGGUGGAUGGCGAGGCUGCUAAGGAGGACGGCAAGCAGGGAAGAGGGGCGACGCAGGGCAAGAGCAAGGCAAAGUAGUCCUUCCUCUUGACAAGAUCAAUGGGCAUGAGGCGAUCCCUCCGAUUUACCAUUUGUACCAACAGACAUCCAACACGCCUACGUAGCGGGCCUGGCAGAGGCAGUCACAUACAUCUAUUCUCUCUCAUAGCUCCUGAAACCAGU